AAGAGAGAGAGGUGGAGAGAGGGAGAGAGCGGAGACAUACUGGAUACGGCUACGACAAAAAAGAAACAUGCUGAUGAUGGAGUCGAGACGGUGGAGGAUGUCGGAUUUACGAGAAAGGACUGCUGACAUUUGACAGAGGGCUCCCUUUGACAACCUGUUUUUUUUUUUCUUCUCCCAUCUUCUUUCGGUACCCCCACCACCCCCCGCCCCCACCACCCGACACACACAUGCUGCGCGGACGCUGAAGGCGAGCAGAGGGGGAAAAAGGGGGGAAGCACCCCUGCGGAUGCCUCGGUAACGGUAACAACGGGCUCCACGGCUGGCGCGUCCUCAUCCCACAAAUGGUAAAUAAAAACGGACAACCUGGAGACGGACCUGGACUGAUGGAUGAGGAAGGACCGCAUCUUUAACCCCCCCCCCCCCCCCCCCUCGCCCACCAACCCACCCGCCCACUGUGAAAUAAUAGAAAAAUCCUGUUUGGAUGGAUUUUUUAAAAAUAUCUUUUUGUUCUCAAUCAUUCAUUGAGGAGGAGACGCGCCUCAGACGGCAAUGUUGAAUCACUGGUCUCGGUCAAUUAUUCAUUAGUGGUGUAGGUAGGCUAUGUUUUUUGUUUUGUUUUGUAUUGCUUCAAUGUAGCAUUUUCUGCUCACUUAUACAUUUUUUUACAAUGUUUAGCCUCGUGAUAUCACCUACAUAUUUGCAGGUUGCGUUUUAACCGUGUGGUAGGCCUGUUUCAAAAGCCUUUAACAGCCACAUAACAGGUAGCCAAAGUGUGUGUGUGGGGGGGAUUUGGGGCGCUUUGAUAACUGGAGAACGGGGAAAAAAUCGGGGUAGUGAAAGGGGGCAUUAUUUAAAGAUUUUUCUUGUAAGAGUCUAAACAACGGAGGAGGACAGGGGGUGGAAAGAGAGAUACAAGGAGAGAAAAUAAAGACAAAACAACCAAACAUGUUGCCUUCCCAAGAAGCCUCCAAGAUCUACCAUGACAACUACAUGCGCAACUCCCGCGCCAUCGGCGUGCUGUGGGCCAUCUUCACGAUCUGCUUCGCCAUCGUCAACGUGGUGGUGUUCAUCCAGCCCUACUGGAUCGGCGACAGCGUCAGCACGCCGCAGACCGGCUACUUCGGCCUAUUCCACUACUGCGUGGGCCCCGGGCCGUCGCCCAGCCGGGACCUCACCUGCGCGGGCAGCUUCGCCGACUUCGCCUCCAUCCCGUCCGGCGGCUUCAAGGCGGCCGCGGUGUUCGUGCUGCUCUCCAUGGUGCUGAUCCUCGCCUGCAUCGCCUGCAUGGCGCUCUUCUUCUUCUGCAACACCUGCACCGUUUACAAGACCUGCGCCUGGAUGCAGCUGCUGUGCGGAGUGUGCCUGGUGCUGGGUUGCAUGAUCUUCCCCAACGGAUGGGACGCCGAGGUGAUCCGGGACAUGUGCGGGGAGCAGACGGGGAAGUACUCCCUGGGCGACUGCUCUGUACGCUGGGCCUAUAUGCUGGCCAUUAUGGGCAUCCUGGACGCCCUCAUCCUCUCCUUCCUGGCCUUCGUCCUGGGCAACCGGCAGACAGACUUCUAUCUUGAAGAUUUGCAGAUGGACAACAAAGAUUUUGCUGUGUUGAGGAUCGAGGUGCGGGACAGAAGAGAGCCGAGUGUUCCCUGUGCCAGAAGAGCAUCGGAGGAGUACCCAUUGUGUCCCCAUGACUCCUCACUGCUGAUUUGGUGGGAUUAGACAAACGGGGAGUGAAUCGGAUAUCUUGGCUGGAUGUUCUGCAGAGAAGCAGGGGACUGUGAAUCAAAGUGUUUGCAUUUUUUUGGGACACAGAGAAAACUAAUUUGCUUCCCCUGCAUCACCACCGCCUCAAAACAAGCCUCUCAUUGUAGUAUUUCACCCUAAAAUAAGUUAAAUUGUCUUAGAAAUCACAUUGUGUUUUGUUUUUUUCUCAUCCGAGUUCACUCCUCCAUAACCCCCUUUCACCAGUGUGCAGUUUACUCCAGUUUAUGGCUCCAGCAUACAGUGAUCAGUUUACUCUACAGAUGUCUUAAAGCUCGGUGAAUACGGCUGUACGAGUCUCUCAGAGGGAAGCCUCAAGUGCUGCAUUGUCUUAAAGUGAUGUCACUUAUUUGCCUCUUUGAAUAAGCAACGCGACGAGUCAUCAGGAAUCUGCAGCGGGACAAAAAUCACAGCAAAUAACCCCCCAAGUAUCAAGGACUUGCUGUCGUACCAUGUUAAAUAUACAUUUGUAUAGUAAAAAUACUGAGAUCAAGAGUCUACAGGAAAUCCUCCCCCUAAUAAAGUAGCGUAAAAGUAGCCAAACUGGAAUCUAUUGGGUCUCAUGCAAGAACAUUUCAGAAUUUUUCCUUUUCUCUGGGAGGUUACAGUAUGUCGGAUGAGCAUUCCGCGUUGGAUUCAGCAAAUUUUUGAGAAGUUUAAUCCAGAUCAGAGGGCAUAUAGUCACCGGCCCCAAAGUGAGUUUUAUUCACAAAAAUGUUACCAAAGAGUAAAAAGAAGAAGCUUCAAGUCCUGCUGUCGGAUACCAGCAGACAAAAAGCAGCAGUUUAAGUAGUUUUAUUAAAAAAGGACCCGAAACGGUGCCAAACCGCGUCAAAAAAAAGUGAAUUGUUCAACAUUGUGUUAGAUGCUAAAAUAACAUCGAGCUAAAGCAAAGCAGACCAUGAGAUGGGACGAGCUCAAUGCAAGAAGAGAAAGAUGAGAGAAUGUUAUACAGUAGAAGAUGUUCCAAUACUGUGAGACCCCUUUAAAACGACCUGCCACCUUUUAGAAGAACGAGAUGUGCAUAAAGACUUUGAGGCAGCUGACAGCAACUACACUGAAGAAGUUGCCGUCAAGAAAUAGGCAAACUUUUUUAUUGAUUUUGGCAACAUAUUUAAACUUCAAAUCCAUUGAAACAUAGGCAUUACAAUUUGCUAGUCAAACAAGCUAUUUCUCCCUGUGGAGAAAUGCAGAGUUUCUGUUCUCGACUGGUGCAUCAGGUCUGGACUACUCUGCAAUUGUGUCCGUCUGAAUUUAAAAAUGAAUCUGUUCCUACUGUACAAAGGAUUCUUGUAUGAGGCCCAUUGAGUCUAACAUUUCUGGAAUCAGCCAAUAAAAUAGCCGCCAUAUGUUCCAGCAACAAAAUAAUAAUGUCAAAAAAAGAAAAUCACUGAUGUAGCAUUGUGACAUGCCACCGUUACCACCCAGAUUAUUGUCGCCACGACAACAGUGAACCUCGAUGUAGCGCUCAAGACGAAGCCACUCGUGUCGGCAGUUGUGAUUAGAAACACCUCCAACAUGAAUUAUGUGCCGACGCGUUUGUCACAGUGAUCAAGUUGGAAUUUCUAUAGGACAACCCAGAAGGGAUUGGCUGACACACCCAAGAUGUCUGAUUGUUAAAUCAUAUGAACGGGUGCUGCUUUGAACUAAAAAUUGGCACCUGCUCCAUAAAUAGGAAAAUACCUGCAAGAGCAUUCUUUGCUUGGUCCGAUGGCGCUGCCAGGAUGAGGUCAGUGACUCAACAUUUUACCCGUGAGCACAGCUAUGGCCUCUGUAGGCAACGACUCCGAUUGUCAUGAUAUUAGUGAGAAAUGUGAUGCUAACAUGUGACAAGCUGCGGUUGCGUGGUACGAUAAAGCUGGCUGCUGGAAUCCAGAGCGCCAGGGGGCUCUUAGCCCUCUCGGAGCAGCACUUCAGGCUGAUUUACUAGAACUGAACCUCCUGAGGCACCAAAGCUGAGUCCCAGUCUUCACGGAUAUGAAGUUAGUUGUGUAAUAAAAGCACAAAUUGAAUUGUUUCAUAUAAGAAAUUGGCAUGCUUUGCCCAUUUGGUGGGUUGAUGGUCAACCCUGAGAAGUAAUUGAAUCCAUUCAACUGAAUAGUUCAACCACACACGGUGAUCUGCGUCCUCCAGCAAUGAACCUAAUGGACGUUUACUGCAUCAUAUUUGACUGUAGUCUAUGUUACCCUUUGUUAGGGAGGCACUGUUGACAAUAGUAUCCAUCUUAAAAUAUCCAGGCUGCUCUCAUCCAGCGUUCGUAGCUAUAGAAAGUAACGCUCGGUAUUUUCGUAGAUGUCUUACGAAAUCAAAUCCGAUGUAAUCCACGUAAUCAUAAACCAGACCACAAAAGCCCACAGUGGGCAGAAGUCUUUCAGCCAGGAGACUGCUGUUCGUUCUCCAUGUGGAACGAGAACAUCAACGAUGAUUUAUUUGUCACGUAACUUGCAUACUUCAGAAACGGCACAUCUGUACUUAUUUUAACCCAAACUGUGAUCUUUUCCUAAACCUAACUAAGUAGUUGUGUUACGUUGAAAUACGUUGAAAUAUCAGAGGACGCCGUUUGCUUUUACAAAACAAUAAAGCAGUUACAAAUCGGAACAAUGUGACCUUGACAUUCCAUACACAUAAUAUAAUGUGUUAAUAAACAGUAAGCCAGCCAGUCUCCUACAAAAUCACAUUCCCAUACAACUGAACUGCAUUCUAUAUUACGUUUGGAGGGGAACGUAUUGUCUUUCGGUUCACGGUCGCAGUUUUAAAACAUGCGGUUAACAAAACGGAACACGGCUCUUUGGUUAUGUUUAGUAAAACAUCAUGAAUUCGGCUUUAGGAAAUUACAUUUGUUACGUUAUUUGAGUUUGUAAAAGAAGUCAACCUUGGUUUUGGUUUCACAUGGGACACAAACAACGGUCUCCUGGGUGAAAGUCCAAUGUUGAUCCAAACCUCCUCACGACAUGGAGUUCUAUGGACUAUGAUUAGAAACUUAUCUGGGGGUGAAAUUACAUUUCCCUGAACGUGAACGUUUUCGAUGAACAAGACCGUAAUUUUCAGGAGACCUAAUUUCAGCCAGAUAUUGGCCUAAUAGGUAUUGGUUAUGGGUGCAUCCCUACACUAUAAUGAGCAGAUAGCUAGAUGUGUAGUUUUUUUCAGAACGGUAGCUAGCUAACUCUCAGGAAGCUGUGAACACAGUACUGUAGUUAAGGCUCAUGACGGAAACGAUUAACAGACACAAGUCGGGCCUUUUCAGUGUUGUGAUGUGGUCAUCUGGGCCGAAUGACACAUCACACGUCCCUUGUUAGUACAGUUUUAGUUGUAACACAUUUUGGUACAGUAGUACUAUGUUUUUCCAAGCUGGGCCUUUAAGACAAUAUGAAAAAGCCCUUAUGCUGAAUCUAACAAUGCUGUCCUGCACAGACCUUAGCCUACGUCUAUCAACCAUGUUGGGGUGGAAGUGGUGGGCCCCUCAUUCAAGAAAAGUUUCUUUCACUUUAGCCUUGAAGUGACCGUGAGAGAGUUAAAAAAAAAAGAAGAAGAUACGGUAGAAACAAUUGAAGUGGAAUCUACGAACCUCAUCCAUUUGAUAUUGCAAGAAAUUUGCUUUGAUAUGUACUCGCUGAGACGUCAGCAUGGUGAUUUUUUUUUAUUUUUUAUAUCUGAAUAUAUCAAAGGCGGUAAUAUAUUGUGAUUAAGACAUCUGCUAUAGCGUGCAUCUCUCAUUUUGGAAUUCUUUCACGGGCCCAGGACAUACUUUACAAGAAAAAGGAUCUAUAUGAAAAAGGAAAUAAAGAAGAAAAAGAAAAGCCCCGAGACCGAAGGGUCACGUCAGGCUUCCUGUGUGACCACUGGUCGGGUCUCCUCGACGAUGAACUGAAACAUACCUUAAUGAGGAACUGACAGUACCUUAAACCCCGAUGAGCACAUAUUUGUACCACUCCAGGUGCCUCUAGAACUCUUGAUUUCAUUCAGACGUGCUGCAGAACCAGCUAAACAAGCAGUGACACUGUAGCUGCUUUUGCUACUGAAGACACACUGACCGAGAUGGGUUUUACUGCAGAUUUGAGGUCGAUUCAGCUUCAAGUCGAACAAUUCAAACUAAAAUAAUUAAGUAUUUUAUAACCCCCCCCCCCCCCCCCCACCCACACACACACACACACAGUUAUUUAGCUUGAUUCUGGGAAACAUUUUGAUAUAGAACUUUUUAAAAACGUCACUUGACAUUGUGUUAUUUUGAGUUUGAUUGGACUCCAAAAGCUGAAUUUACCUCAAUCUUGAAUUACAAAAGAUUAUUAAGGACGUGAAAACUCAAGCGGCAAAUGAAAUGUUUGCAGACUGUGUAAAUGUCAAUGAUUUCAUCAUGGUUUCUAUCAUGCAAUAUCAUGUAUAAAGACAUAAUGUUGGUUGUGGGACGGGUCGGGGGCAAAGUCCAGUGAUUUACGUUAUGAUAAUAGUUGAUUUUCUGUUAACUCCUGAAAGGCAGAUGUUGCCAAAAUACCAACAUAAUCUGUUAACAUGAAAAAAAAAUGAUAAUAAUCCGUUUUUGUCUUGUAUAACUAAAGAAUGAUAUAGUGAUAUUUGUCAAGUACUUCUGAUGAGAUCUUUGUUUUUAUGUGUUAUUAACUGCAGAAUCUUUCCUUUCUUUUACGGUUUACUUUCUGUGUAUUUUGGUACGAUGUGUGAUGAUUGUUGUUUCUGUCACAUCGGAUUUAACAUCUUCAGAUUCAAUUUCAACUCACAAACGGAUGACUGCUUGUCGGGACGUCAACACCCCCCCCCCCCCCAAAAAAAAAUUUCAUAAAAGUCUAUUUAUAAGGUUGCUUGAUCAUGGACAGAGUCUGAAAGAGGCUCAUUGCUUUUCAUUAAUUAUGAUGAUUUUGAUUUGGGAAAUUGUAAUGUCUAAUUAAUUCCUAUUUGUGAAUAGUAUUGCGACUCACCAUGACAAUUUCUGUUAUUAAAAAAAACACAUUUUGAGAAAGGUCGAAUAAAAGAUAUUUUACAUUCAA